AUGAGUUUACAAGUGCGAUUUACUUGUCCAUCGGGGGAACAGAUACGGAUAAUAUCUCAGUUUCUUUUGCUUUAUUCUUCAGACUGUGGCUUGUUUGGUGUCCCACUGUCAGUUUUACUGGAACAGGAUCAGAAGAAGGUGCCAGGCACCAAGAUCCCACUGAUUUUUCAAAAGUUGAUUUCCCAGAUAGAAGAGGCAACUCUGGAAACAGAAGGACUUCUUAGAAUACCAGGAGUUGCAACAAGAGUAAAGAGCCUUUGCCAAGAACUGGAAGCAAAAUUUUAUGAAGGGACUUUCAACUGGGAAAAUGUAAAACAACAUGAUGCAGCAAGUCUUUUAAAACUCUUCAUCCGUGAACUGCCUCAACCUCUCCUAACUGUAGAAUAUCUCAAAGCUUUCCAAGAUGUACAGAAUCUUCCAAGGAAGAAACAGCAGCUGCAAGCUUUGAAUCUUUUGGUUAUCCUUCUACCUGAAGCAAACAGAGACACACUGAAGGUACUGCUCGAGUUCCUCCAAAGGGUAAUAGAUCAUCGAGAGAAAAAUAAAAUGACACUAAACAAUGUUGCGAUGGUGAUGGCCCCAAACCUUUUCACAUUUCAAGGGCUUGGCUCAAAGAGUAUUGAACAGAGCGAGUUUGCUAUGGCAGCUGGAACAGCAAAUGUCAUGCGCUUUAUGAUUCAGUACCAAAAACUUCUCUGGACAAUUCCCAAGUUUAUUGUUAACCAAGUGAGAAAACAAAACACUGAAAACCAGAAGAAGGAGAAAAAGGACAAAGCUAUGAAGAAACUUCUGAAAAAGAUGGCUUAUGAUCGGGAAAAGCACGAGAAGCAGGACAAGACUCCUAAUGAUGUAAGAAAACAUAUAUCUGAAAUACUGUACUAAUGAGUCUGUCAUCUC